AUGUCACUUACCACUAAGGAAGCAUUUGCUAAGCUUCCAGCAAAACUUCAUAGGUUUUUCUUGAAGUAUCCACCAAGACCUUUCAAGGCCUAUAGUGAAAAACCAUCUACCAUCGAUGACCCAUCAAUGAACCCAUUUUUACCUAACAAAAACCCAGUAACUGGACGUUGGCAAGAACCUAAAUAUUCAUUAAGAAGAUCAUCAGAUUUAUUCAAAUUAAGUUAUAAGUUCGGGAUCUCCGAUUUGAUUCCUCCAUUACCAAAGAAAUUCUAUCAAGACAAGUAUGACAACAAGAAUUUCAUGAGAGGUAUGUUAAGAUUCAAGAAACACAAAUGGGAAAGAACUAUGGAAGACAGAGUUGAAGCUAGAACCAAAGCUAUCAAGGAAAUGGAUGACAUUAUCGUCAAACAAAGACCAGAAUAUAAGAAGAUUAUCAAGAAGAGAAGAGCCAGUCAAAGAACUUGGUGGUAA